CAUCACAAGCAAGGUAAGGUUUUUUUUUGGUCCGGCUUCCCUUCUAAGAAAAUUCACCCUUCGCCACUGAAAGGGAAGGCAGAGUCUCCUACAAAAACAUAUGGUACUACUUUGUUUCUACCUUGCAGUGCUUCAGGUGCAGGCAAUCUUAAAGAAUUAUUUUCUAGUUUUUUAUAUAAUUCAGUUUCUUUAAAAAUUCCACCAUCUGAAAUGCGGCCUUGACAUCCGACAUCCAGAAAUUUAUAAUUAUAUUCCGCGUCUACUAAAGCAAACAUCACUAUACUGAAAUUCGAUUUGUAUUUACGAUAUUCUGUGCCACUAUGUACCGGAGCCUCGAGAAUGACAUGUUUACCGUCCAUGGCUCCGGCACAAUGGGGAAAAUUCCACAAUUCAUCAAAUCUGUUUGAGAUCCAUUCUGACUCUGUUUUUUGGCAGCUGAAACAAUGAAUUUCUUUUUAAUUACAGAUUGCAAAUGAACCGGAACAGAGUGCAUCUACAAGUGUAGAAAAUGAUAACAGUUCAGAAUUUAUAUCACUAACUGGUCAGGCCCAAAAAAAAAAAGAAAACAGACGAAAAUAAAAAAAUGGGUAUGCUUUCGGAGGCUCUUGGCCUGCUUAAAGAGUGCUGCUUCUAGUCCUACUCCUGAACCCCGAAACAAUAAUCCAAACAAUUUUGACAGUGAAACACUUUUCUUUUCAAAUUUUAUAUGCAGCAAGAUGCAACAAUAUAACAGAAGUACUAAAAGUGCAGCGAGCAAUAAUGGACGUAAUAUUCAAAGCCGAUGAAGGAUGCACUAACUUUUCUCGACAUUAUUAUCCAUCGGCAUUCAAUUACAGGCUCGGUUCCCUCAUCAAGAUACUGCAAUGAACCACCUUCUUUGUCUAAUCGCUCAGAACUUACUUCAGGGUAUUCAACAGGUCAAAUUCAGACAAGUUGCCCUACUGCUCCAUAUGCUUCACCUGUUCCCUCAGAAUUAUCUCAAACUUCAUAUGAAGAUGUAGAUUUUGUGAAUGACCUGAUUUGAAAAGAAUAAAUUUUGUACUACAUGAUUUGAAGAUACAAUUUGAUUUAACUUUCUAAUUUUAAUUUUGGAAUAAUUUUAUUUUUGCUAACCCUACUUAAUACAAUAGCUUAACCCAGAUAAGCCUACUGUCCUAUAUUUAGGACAGUAGAAAUAAAAAAAAAUAUCAGAAUACUCUCUUUAUCUAAGAUUAUUUAGUCUUAUGAUUUGUAGUAAGAAACGUGUCAGCUUUAUUAGAAAAAAUAAAAAGACAGUUAUUUUAACAGUUUUUACCGUAUAUUUUACCUUAUAAGUGUGUAAUACAAGUGCGUUGCAGACAUGGCAAAUGACAGACCGUUAGCUGCGCAUGAAAUUUUAGAUGCUUUAGAAAAUGUUUCUGAAAAUGAAGAAGAUUAUAGAGAACGACUGAUAUGUAUUUUACCUCCUCCUGUUGAUCCUGACUGUCUCACUGACGAAGAUUCGGGUGAAGAAGAUAAUGUAACUUUGAAUAAUUUGCCACGAAACAUUCUGCUUCAACCGGCUGAAGUAAUGAUUCAAGGGCAGAUUAUGGUGAGUGAUACAGAAGAAGAACCUUCUGAUUCUACAGGUCGAACUAAACGUAGGCGUACCUACGCAUGGAGAAAACGGGACUUGGCAAAAAAUCCCGUGAAUUGGCCAGAUGUUCAAGGCGCUUGCCAAGAUAAGCGCCCAAUUGAGUGGUUUGAAAACUUCUUAGAUGAAGAUGUUAUUUCGUUGUUGGUGUCAGAGAGCAAUAAAUAUGCUGUCAAAAAGAAUUUGCCUGGAGACAUAACCACUGAAGAUAUGAAAUGUUUCAUUGGCAUAUUGUUGGUUAGUGGUUAUUCAUGGCUCCCCCGUAGAAGAAUGUAUUGGGAAAACUCCCCUGAUACAAAGAAUGAAUUGAUCAGCUCGGCUAUGUCUAGGGAUAGAUUUGACUUUAUUUUUCGCCACCUUCAUGUCAAUGAUAAUCUGGAUUUGCAAGACAAAUACACAAAAGUACGCCCCCUAGUUACACUUCUAAAUAAAAAGUUCUUAGAGUUUUCUCCUCUUGAAGAGCAUUACAGUGUAGAUGAGGCCAUGAUCCCCUACUAUGGUAGACAUGGCUGCAAACAGCACAUAAAAGGUAAACCUAUUAGGUACGGGUUCAAAGCUUGGGUUGGUGCUACACGGUUAGGGUAUGUUUUAUGGAUGGAACCAUACCAAGGCGCUACAACUAUGUGCAAUCCAAUAUAUAAAGAAUUGGGGCUGGGUGCAAGCGUUGUUCUCACUUUUUGUGAUGUGCUGAUUUCACGUGGCUUUGACCUUCCUUACCACGUAGUUUUUGAUAUUUUUUUUACUGGGACGCCCUUGCUGGAAGAGAUAACAAAGAAAGGCCUUCGUUGGACUGGGACAGUUCGAGAAAACAGGACAUCUAGUUGUCCUCUGAUUACAUCGAAGUUACUGAAAAAAAAGGAACGUGGUGCUAUCGAUUACAGAACGACACAUGACAACACGUUCAUUAUUGCUAAAUGGCAUGACAAUAAUAUAUUCAGUAUUGCUUCUAAUGCUGUAGGGAUAAAUCCUAAACAAUCUGCCAAACGCUUCUCACAAAGUGAAAAGAGAAACAUUGUCAUAGAAGAACCACAUAUGGUGUCCAUCUAUAACAAAUAUAUGGGAGGAGUGGAUCGGUCUGAUGAAAAUAUUUCACAUUACCGAAUUGGUAUACGAGGUAAGAAAUGGUACAUGCCGUUGCUCACACACAUGAUUGAUCUUGCCGAACAUAAUGCAUGGUAGUUAUAUAAAAUAAAUAAUUGAAAACUGGAUCAUCUUGGCUUUCGCAGAAGGGUAGCAAUUGCUUUGAUUGAAUCAAAUAGAAAAAAUGCCAAAAGAGGGCCUAGCCGACCCUCCCAUCAUGAACAUGCUGAUAGUCGUAAAGACCAAAUGAAUCAUCUGGUUAUUCCUCAAUCGAAGCAAACACGCUGUCGUCAAUGUCACAAAAAAUGUUUGACACGUUGCAAGAAAUG